AGAAUACGAUGCGGAAGUGGUCGUGGAUUCCCUGUAAAGGAGCGUGUGUUCGUCAUAACGGAUAUAUUUUUCAUCAUAUUAUGUUAAUGUGGACAAAUGAUGCUUCGUGUCCUGCGCUUUGAUUCAACGUUUCCUGUGGUGUCGAUGUUUGUGGAACACACAAGGACGUUUAAUUGUUUGCGUGGAACCCGGUGACGUAUUGAGUGGACGUUGCCUGUAGUUCAGUGAUUGGCUGUGUCGUUCUCAUAGGACUAGAAUGUGACCAAUAUAAUAUAAAUCCUUGGACGUUUUAUUGUGGCGUUUUCGUGGGUAACAGUGUUGCUAUACAGUGCUAACAAUGGGUGAAGUGGCUAAGGCAAACCGCCGUGAACGAGCAGAACUCUUUACGUAACUCUGCAUUGUUCGGGAAUGAAAGCCUUAUCCAAAACUAUUUGGGCAGCUGCCUUGAAUGAAUAGUUGAUAUUGCUAACAGUGUUUAUGUCUGAGAGGCAAAUGAAAUGUGUUCCGGUGGCAGCCAUCAUGCUUCUACGAACUCCCUAUAGCAACGCGAAUCAACACUGACGCCAUAUCCGGCAUUUGGGUCGGAAGGCGGAAGUACCUUGAAGGGAACGCUUCGAAGCAAAUAUUUAAUAUCAUUAACAUUUCUUGCCGUUUGUAUUGCUAAGAAUUUAAAGUAAUUAUUUGUGACGGAUGCCUUUUUUCAAAAUGCCGCCACCACCACCUAAAAGGACCAAUGUGACGAGGACGAUAGAGCUAAAAAAAGAACUCAUUGCCAAGUUUGAAAGCGGCGCACGAGUCUCUGAUCUGGCUGCUCAAUACAAUAUGGCAAAGUCAACAAUAUCGACCAUAUUAAAAAGAAAAGAAGCCAUCAAAGCUGCUGAUGUGGCAAAAGGAGUAAAAAUACUUACCAGUAAACGCCAUGUAAAAAUGGAAGAAGUGGAAAAGAUCUUGCUUGAAUGGGUGACUGAAAGACAGUCCAGGGGGGAAAAGGUGUCCGAGCCGAUUAUUUGCGAGAAGGCAAGGCAGCUGUAUAGUGACCUGAUCAGAGACAGCCCAGGGGAUAGUGCUGAUGACUUCAAGGCUAGUCGAGGCUGGUUUGAAAAGUUCAAGAAGAGAAGUGGAAUCCGUUAUGUGGUUCGGAAGAGGGAGAACGUCCGUGCGGAUAUACAAGGAGCAAAGAAGUUUUCUGAGGAAUUUCAAAGGUUUGCAGAGGGCGAAGGCUUUCUUCCCCAGCAAGUGUUUAAUUGUGACGAGACAGGCCUCUUUUGGAAGAAGAUGCCCAAGAGGACAUACAUCACGAGGGAAGAGAAAAGCCUACCAGGACACAAGCCUAUGAAAGAUAGGCUGACUCUCCUGCUCUGUGCCAAUGCUAGUGGAGACUGCAAAGUAAAACCACUGCUUGUGUAUCAUUCAGAGACCCCCAGAGCGUUUAAAAAGAACAACGUGCAAAAAGAUAAGCUGAAUGUCAUGUGGAGGUCCAAUCCCAAAGCUCUGGUGACCAGGCAGUUCUUCUCUGAGUGGUUCCAGGAAGUGUUUGCUCCAAGCGUGGGGGAAUUCCUAACGGAGAAGAACAUCCCACUCAAAGUCCUUCUGGUCCUGGAUGCGGCUCUGGCACAGCCUACAGGAUUGGGAGAAGAUUGGAGCAGCGAGCACGACUUCAUCACGGUGAGGUUUUUACCCCCCAACACCAGCACUCUCCUCCAGCCCAUGGACCAGCAUGUCAUCUCCAACUUCAAGAAGCUCUACACAAAGGCACUUUUCCAAAGGUGCUUUGAGGUGACCAUGGAGACAAACCUCACCCUGCGGGAAUUCUGGAAGGACCACUUAAAUAUCCUCCACUGUCUGAGCAUCAUAGAGACAGCCUGGGAACAAGUUAGCAAGAGGACGGUGCAAUGUGCCUGGAGGAAACUGUGGCCAACCUCCGUGGUCCCCAGGUUCUUAGAAAACGUAGAGCCUGAUCCCGUUCUGGAAACGGAUGUGGUGGACGAGAUUGUAUCCCUGGGAAAGUUCAUGGGCUUGGAGGUGGACAGUGACGAUGUGGAGGAGCUGGUGGAGGAGCACACUCUCGUGCUAAGCACUGAUGAAGUGCAGGAUGUUGACCGGGAGCAGCAGCAGCAAGGCAAUCCUGAGGAAGCUUCUUCUGACGAGGAGGACGCAAGCUGGAAUGACAACAUCCCCACGGCAGAAAUCAAGGAACUGUUGGGCUACUGGGCCAAGACGCAGAGCCUUGUCACAAAGUGGCACCCCAGUAUUGGCGUUGUGAAGAGGAACAUCAAGCUGUUUGAUGGAAAUGUGGUGGAGCACUUCAGAAAGAUUCUAAAGAGUCGUAAAAGACAAGCUGCAUUGGACAAUAUCUUGUCACAGGAAGAGGCGAGUUGCGGCAGCAGCGGCGCUUCUGAGCUCCAAGCCUCAAUUAGUGGAGUUAAAAGAAGAAAAAAGGACUGUGCAAUGGAAUGUGACCUGGAUGAAGUCUUUAUGGAAGGAGACCCGCCGUCCAUGCAGUGACUUCCCUCCUCUCCUUUUCUCCAUUAUGCCAUCAUCAAUAUCAUCAAUGCUUCAAUUGCUUUCUUUUUGCACUUACAUGACCAUUAAGAAUGUUCAAAUAUUACCUCUAAAGUAUUCACAAUGCUUCUUGUGGCUUAAUGUUGUCCUCUGGAACGGAACUCAAAACCUAAUUCCAUAGUCAGACCAGCCUUUUGGACAGUUUGAGUUGUGAGGGGCCACACUAUGGAGAUGUUUCUACCACGUACCAAAGCCUUCAUGGUGUUUCCAUCGGAUCAGUAGAUCAGGUCCAUGAUUCCGCCCGCUGCAAGACUGGGUCCCAAAUAUGUGACGAGCAGAAAGUCAUCACAGUCUCAGGACCGAGAGACUGACACAUGAACUUGAGCCGGAGAGAGGCACCAGGAACAAGUCUGGAACUCUGGAGCAAGUCAGGCCAGUCAGCAUCAAAUGUGGAUGCCAGGCAGCGACAGGGACCCGGCCGAAGGUGGUCAAGAUACCUGGAGCACAGGCUGGGAUGAAGAAAUGACAACGUAUUCUGGAGCAGAGGAGGAGGAAAUCCUGACUUUCACAUGAAGAAGAUCCAGAGUGGAAGUGGAGACAAGACCUGCACCUUCAUCCAUCCUCCACGCACCAUCAAUUAGGGGUGUCAUAAGAUGACAGUCUACCAGAGACUUUAACAAAAGUAUAAUGAAAAAAAUAUGACAAUAUAUUGCAAAAUGUCAUAUCUACUACUACUACGACUGUGAUAUCUCCUGCACUCUGUAUGCUAGCGGCCCCGCCUCCACCCACUGAAACAGAUUGUAUGGCUGACAAAAGGGCUCACUGCGUUCAUGCUGUUUUUCUAUGAAACACGCCACAGUACUGAAACCAGUGUACAGUGAACUCUCUUCUGGCCUGUUGGGAGGUGAGAGAUGCAUGCACAUUCCAAUAUGUUGAAGCUGGCAAAAUUAUCCGCUCCAUUGUUUUUCCAUUUUGUCAAUAUUCUGGCAAUAAGGAAAGUGACUGAUUCAAAACCUGAAGUAUUGUGGAUUUCAUUUUCAUUGGGUUGUUUGUCUUAUGUUUCACUAAAAAGCUUUUUGCAUUCCAAUUUCAAUGUAAAAUACAGUGUAGUCACAUUAUGUUGCUGUACAUUAUCAUUACCUUCAUGAAAAAAUGUGUCAAAUUGUUGACUAUCAUUUAGGAAAAAGAAAUUAUUGUGGUAGUACUAGAAGUGAUCAACAAUUUUCAGUCAUGUUAUGAUAGGUAAAUGUGAGUAGAUAAACUUUGUCAAACCGCCAAACAUAACUAAUACAGGUGCAUGCAUGUUUGGAAGAAAGCAGGAUAUAAUCCUUAAAGCACAUUUGAAAGUCAACUCCCCCUUAGGCAGCUACCUAUCGGUGACAUACGGCAGCUUGAAACAGUAGAACACAAUGUGAAGUAGCAAAAUAAAAUGCGAGAAAGAAAAACUCGCACAAUGAGAAAAAAAAAUCCAGGGAAUGUGCUAACAUGUUAUUUUGGUAACUAAUCCUUUAUUGUCACAAUGUAGUUAUAAAAUACUUUGUUGAAUAUUUUGAAGGAGUGUUGAUGUUCGUUAUCGCCCUGAGUGCAGUCACAUGGCUUGGACCAGGCAUCCUCAUCAUCAUCUCCAUAGCAGCUUCGUGUGGACUUACAGCCAUCAAGAACAUGAUCAUGUUGACAUUACAUACACAACCAAAAGCAUUAAAAAGGUUCUCUUCCGAGUAAGACGAGAGGAUGGCUUCAUUCUGUCCUCAUGAUCAUCUAAAAGAGAUUGUGAUGAUGACACGUCCCACAAGUUUGUUAUUUGACUAAACAAAACAAAAUAAAGUUGAAA